UCUUUCCAAAUUCCAAAAUCUGCAUAAAAUUUUGUACACAGCUGUGACAGAGCCGCCGUCUCUUCGGAGCAGAGAGUAAUCGGCCAUGGCGUUGCAGAGGCAACUUCUGAAGAAGGCUCUACCAGAGGCUAAAAAUGGCCGUUAUAGGCUAGCAUUUUGCAGUUCCUUUUCUUCGAUUUCUUCUCCUUCUACUGCUGCUGCGGCUGCGUCCGAUGCCGAUGCCAAACCUGUGCUUCCGCCGUUUGAUUACGAGCCGAAGCCUUACAAAGGACCUCUUGCCGAUGAAAUUUUCCAGAAGCGGAAGAAGUUUCUUGGCCCUUCGCUUUUCCACUACUAUCAGAAGCCUCUCAACAUUGUAGAAGGAAAAAUGCAAUAUUUAUUUGAUGAGAAUGGAAGGCGCUACCUUGAUGCUUUUGCUGGAAUAGUUACAGUAUCUUGUGGGCAUUGCCAUCCUGAUGUUUUAGCUGCAGUUAAUGAGCAGAACAAGCUUCUACAGCAUGCCACAACUAUAUACCUACACCAUGCAAUAGCUGAUUUUGCCGAAGCAUUGGCAGCCAAAAUGCCUGGAAACUUGAAGGUUGUGUAUUUUGUGAACUCUGGGACAGAAGCAAAUGAACUAGCAAUGCUUAUGGCCCGUCUAUACAGUGGUAACCUAGGUAUGAUUUCAUUGAGAAAUGCAUACCAUGGAGGAAGUUCCAACACAAUUGGUCUGACAGCUUUGAACACGUGGAAGUACCCUAUACCUCAGGGUGAAAUUCAUCAUGUUAUUAAUCCAGAUCCAUAUCGUGGAAUAUUUGGGUCAGAUGCUGGCAGUUAUGUCAAAGAUGUUCAGGAUCACAUAGAUUAUGGUAGUUCAGGAAGAGUUGCUGGAUUUAUAGCUGAAACAAUUCAGGGUGUUGGAGGAGCUGUUGAAUUGGCACCUGGAUACUUGAAACUUGUUUAUGACAUUGUUCGCAAGGCUGGUGGUGUUUGCAUUGCCGAUGAAGUUCAAACUGGCUUUGGUCGUACAGGAAGCCACUAUUGGGGCUUUGAAACACAGGGUGUCAUUCCGGAUAUAGUAACCAUGGCAAAGGGUAUUGGAAAUGGUUUACCAUUGGGAGCAGUGGUGACAACGCCUGAAAUAGCAAGCACAAUGGCUCAAAAAAUUCAGUUCAACACUUUUGGGGGGAACCCAGUUUGCUCUGCUGGGGGACUUGCAGUUCUAAGAGUUAUUGACAAAGAGAAGCGUCAAGCACAUUGUGCAAAUGUCGGUUCACACUUGUUGGAACGAUUGAGAGCUCUCCAGGAAAAAUACGAAAUCAUAGGAGAUGUCCGAGGAAGGGGAUUAAUGGUAGGAGUAGAACUUGUGACCGACCGUAAAGACAAGACCCCAGCAAAGACCGAAACUGCAGUAUUGUUUGAGAAACUAAGAGAACUGGGCGUUCUCGUCGGGAAAGGGGGUCUCCACGGCAACGUAUUUCGAAUAAAGCCUCCUAUGUGUUUCACCAAAGACGAUGCAGAUUUUCUUGUUGAUGCUUUGGACUAUGCCAUGUCAAAGAUGUAAAGCUUUAGUCUGGUAAGGAAGCCAUAUGCAGUGUUCUUUCACUUCUAUGUAUUUCAAAUAAAUUAUGUAAUUCUGGUUUGUAGUAGCAGCUCUCACUUGGUGUAUUAUUAUUCAAUGUUAGAAGUUUGCUUGUACAAAGACACUUUCAAAACUUCCAAGAACAAACUAAACUAUUAGAAGCUCCACAUGUAGCUUAAGUCUA